GUGAAAUAAGAGAGGAUAUAUAUAUCUCUGUAGUGUCACAAACUCAUUUCACUGAAAUAGAAAGAAACAGAGUGAGUGAGGGUAAAGCAAAGAAGACAGAGAAUAAUGAUAGUAGUAUAUAUCCAAGGUGAGGUGAAAGUGUGUGUAUUCUCCCCUCUUAAAUCAAAACAAACCCUUCCCUCCCAAAUCAUGCAAUGCCAUUCUCCCCUGCAAUUUCCAACACAACAAACAAAAAUAGCAGCAGCUAGCUAGCUAGCAAGCAGAAGUAACAGGUGCUGCUGAAUUGAAGAAUUAGUGUGGCAUAUUAUGAAAUGAAAAUGCAAUGCCAUUUUCAAAGUUGAGAGAUGAGUGAUUCUAUUUCUCCAUACUCAUAAGAAUAAUAAACAACCCACUACGCUCAUUUUCACUCUCACUACUGCCAGGACACACACGCUAUCUGUAUUCUGUACUAUACCCAAACCCACGCACGCACUUUCUGCCUUCUCUCCCAAACAUUAACAAUAUCAUAUCAAUCAACGCUUCUUCUCUCUCUCUCUCUCACUCACACACACACACUUUCUCUUUCUUUAUUUCCUAUAUGCCUUCAUUUCUCUCACACCACUCUCAACCUUCUUAUUAUUAUCAUCAUCAACCUAUCAAAUUUCAUCACUCUUCUCUCACCCUUUUCAUUCCCUCUUCAUCCUCCUCCUCCUCCUCCCGUACAAAGCCCCGCUGGCCUCGAAUGGACAGCGCCGCCUCCCGCCACCGCCGGAAAGACAAGGUGGUAGUUAUCAUGGGCGCCACCGGCUCCGGAAAAUCUCGUCUUUCCGUUGAACUCGCAACCCUCUUCCCCUUCUCAGAAAUAAUAAACUCCGAUAAAAUGCAAGUUUACAGAGGACUCGACAUUACCACCAACAAGAUCCCCUUUCAUCAACGCAACGGCGUCCCACAUCAUCUUCUCGGCGACGUCGACCAUUCCCACGGUGAGUUUUCCCCUUCAGAUUUCCGCCGUCAUGCCGGAGAAAUAAUCUCCGAUAUAACCUCCCGGAGAAAGCUUCCCAUUAUCGUCGGUGGGUCCAACUCAUUCAUUCACGCUCUUCUCGUAGAACGAUUCGACCCCGAGUUAAACGUGUUCGAUAAAUCUUCAUCUUCAUCAUCAUCGUCGCUAUCGUCAAUAUCGUCGGAUUUAAGGUACAAAUGUUGCUUUCUCUGGAUGGAUAUAUCGUUUCCUGUGUUAUCGGAAUAUUUAUUGAAGCGAGUCGACGAAAUGUUCGACUCGGGAAUGGUGGACGAGUUGGCCCAGUUUUUCGAACCGGAUUCGGAAAACCGAACCGGGUUGAGAAAAGCAAUCGGAGUGCCAGAGUUCGACCGUUUUUUUAAUAAGUAUCCACCGGCGGAUAAAUUAGAGGAAGGUGAAAAUCCGAUGCGAGAAGGUGCAUACGAGGAAGCAGUGAGGGCGAUUAAAGAUAACACAUGUCAGUUAGCCAAGAGGCAGAUUGGAAAGAUCCUACGGUUAAAAAGAGCUGGGUGGGACCUACGGAGAAUAGAUGCCACGGAGGCUUUUAGGGCGGUGCUGACGUCAGAGUCUCGCGGCGGCGCCGGCGUAUUUUCCGAUUUAUGGAAAAAUCAAGUGUUGGAACCAAGCGUGAAGAUUGUGAAGCGGUUCUUGAUGGAGUAGGUUUUACAGCUAAAUCCAGCUUAGCUACUCCAACUAUUUAAUUUUUUUUGUAUGUGGUUUUAUUUAAAUUUUUUACUCAAACAAAAAAAAAAAAGGAAAAAUUAGGAUUUGGGGGAAAAUAUACAAAAAUGAAAUUGGAAGUUGCCAAUUUGAGUCAUGAUUCUGCGCUCUUAAGAAGAGAAGAGUGGCUUGGUAAGUUGAAAUUGGAUUGUGGAUGAAUUAUUAAUGGUGGUGUAUCACUAAGUUUUGGGUUUUUGCUCAUGUGAGGUUUCUACAAUUGGACUUUGAAGGCUGAUUUGAUUUGGUAAGAAAAAUGUAAAAGAAAUGGUAACACUUCAGUGUAGAAAAAUGUUGACAAAGUUUUGGUAGCAAUAGAGUUUAUUUUUAAUUUUCUUUCAUUGCAACCUUAAAAAAUUGUGAAUGCUGUUGUUAUGUUUUGUUGUGUUGUCCGAUUUAUUCGUGUCUCUCCCACUCUCUUUAUUUCUCUCACUCACACAUUGGGUGUGGACUGUGAAAUGAUGAGCAAAUCGUAUAGAAAGUUAAGAAACUUUCCAACACCAAGCAAAGCAAUACACACAUUUAUAUUUAUAUUUAUUUGUAUAUGGGUACAAGUGGAAAAUGGGAUACUGGAUUAAAGGGUGGCAAACGGCAUGAGACACAAAUUCUCUCCAACCCCACCACCAUAUCUCGUUCUACGAAUUCACUAAAGACAACCAUACACUUUUUUCUUUCCUUUUCUCACUCUUUUGUACAAUAGUUUUUUGGAGUAAAUACAAUUUUGUUUUGUACA